AUCUAUUCUUGAAUGUCGAGGCGCGUCGCACUUCAUCACGUCCGCACGUUACUUUCAUUCGGGCAUAUAUUGCGUGAAUAUACGUUCUAUGAUGUUCGCGCCGUAUUGCUGUGUCGCGAUCAAGACGUUUUCUCUACAGCAGAACACGUUUCGCUUAUCGAAUGUAUCUGAUAUCAAAGAACACGCGCGAUAUUUUCACGACGAUGAAUGCCCGAAUCGUUCAUCAAUAAGGAAAAUUCUACCCAAACAAGACGCAACGUAACCUCUACAAUAAUUGCCGAUGCAAUAACGAACGGAUUGUUUGAUCCCGCAAACGCGAGGCGAAGUUUAAUUGCGGUAUAUUAAGAUGAAUGUUGAAGUUUCACGGCAUGGCUUGUAAAUGCCGGAGGAUGCGAGCAGCGCAAAAUGGAGCAGAACAUAACAAAUUUGUCGAAUGAACAAACAAAGAAAGAAGAAUCAUGGUUGAUGGGUCAGGAUAUAAACCAACAGCAGCAAACACAAAAUACAUCUGUAUUUUAUAAAUUUGAUAACAGCAUGGUAUCAACAGGUGAAUUGAGUGAAUUGUCAGCUAAUACAAAAUGGUGGAGGGACACAUCUACUGGGGGUGUAGGGUUGACAUCAGAACCUGAAACAAUACUUGUAGAAACUUAUCCAUUAAUAGAACGUGUUAUGGAUACACAAUCACCAGAUUUAUCUCAAGACCCAUUACUACUAAAUGAUGUACCUAUAAAAGAAACUGCAAAAAAAUUCUUUAAACGUAGACAAAAGAAGGUAAAAUUAUCAAAAGAACAUAAGGAACCUAUAAAACGUUCAAAGCAUCCUGAGAAUUGGAAAGUAAAUGUGAAGAAAAAUGCUAGAUUAAGAGGAGAGGAAUAUAUUGGAGUUGGUGGUAAGAUAGUGCCAGCAAAGACAAUGGGACUACCCUGUAAUUGUCGCAUGCACUGUGCAGACAAGAUAAAUGAGCAUGAACGUGAGGAAUUGCACAAAGUCUUUUGGAAAACGUGCACAUGGGAGCAACGAAAACAGUAUAUUGCGCUCUCUGUCAAAGAGUCCCCGAAACAGCGUACUCGUUGCCGCGGCAAUGUCAAAUCGGAGCAUCGCCGGCAGGUGACAUUCACUUAUUCUCUCCUGUUGAAAGGAGAAUUUAUCACCGUGUGCAAGUCCAUGUUUCUCAGCACAUUCGCGGUAUCAGAAAAAUUUGUGCGACACGUGAUGGAUAAGAAACGUACGUCGCCAGGUGGUAUCAUAGGACCAGACCAAAGGGGCAGACACACGCCGAAAACGAAGAAAAGCGAAGAAGUGAAAGAUCGAGUGCGCGAACAUAUCAGAUCCUUCCCGACGGAGAGAUCAGCAGAUCCUAAGGAUCGUUCUGGUAAACAAUAUUUGGACUCGAGAUUGAGUAUAGCUGCGAUGCACAAGUGCUAUGUCUUCAAGUGCAAACAGGAAGGUGUGCCCGAAAGUGACAUAGUGAAAGAGAGUUAUUAUAGAGAAAUGUUUAAAACAGAAUUUAAUCUCGGAUUUAAACGUAUGCAAACUAAAGAAAAGAAAGUGCCGUUGAACAUUAGUAUGAGUGAAUAAGAACGUGUGAUUCUCUAGUUGUACAACGAAAUUGUUUAUAUCCAAUUUCAGUUAAAACUAAUUUAUUAACAUAAUAUUUAUGAAUUUGUUACACGUGACACAGUUGUAGAUAUUUAAGGUCAUUUGAAAUAUUUAUAUUAGAUAAUAAAAUAUUGAUUACAAUGUCAACUUUCAUUCC